AUGGAGAUGCAGAAAAGCAGCGCUUCACACAGCACCCAGCAGCAGGACUUCUCCAGAGAGCCUCUGGAUGGUGUCCGCGGGUUCGGCUGCGCGCAUCCAGCAGCCGCACGACAGCAGCUGGCGCAGGUGGAGACGUUAGAGCGCACGUUUCCCCGGAGGUCAAAACAACAAAACCCCAAGUUUCCUAUGAGCAAAAAGAUUUUCCCCUGGAUGAGAGAGUCCAGACACUCAGAUGAGAAACACGGCAGACGAGUCGCAGAAUGCACCGUCAACGACAAGUGUCCAAGCGCGACCCCGGCCUCCAAGAGGACGCGCACCGCGUACACCAGCGCGCAACUGGUGGAGCUGGAGAAGGAGUUCCACUUCAGCCGCUACCUGUGCAGGCCGCGGCGGGUGGAGAUGGCCAGUCUGCUCAACCUCCAGGAGAGGCAGAUCAAGAUUUGGUUCCAGAACCGGAGGAUGAAGCAGAAGAAAGACGAGAGAGUGCAGGGCCUCACCGCCAGCACCACCACCUCCUCCUCCUCAACCCCGUCCUCCCCCUCCGCCCCGGGCAGCCCCACACUGUCGAGCCUGGGUUAUGUCCAUCUGGGCGGGGAUUACCAGCCGGCCUCUCCUCCGCUCAAGUCCCAGCAACACCAGACCCAGGCGGCGUACCCGGCAGAGUGCUCCAAAUAUCCACCUCCAGGCUUCACGCACGGCCCGCAGUUUAACGCACAGUAUAACGCGCACAACGGCGCACACGCACCGCAUACACACGUGGAUCUUAACGAGUCUUAUUUCCCACAGAGCUGCACUCAGGACAGAAUCAUGCAAGCUCCAAAACUGACUCAUCUGUAG